GGGACACUGGCAUAACAGAUGCUAGAGUCUCUGUUCUGCAAAGUGGUGGUUCAUCUUGUUCCUCAGUCUACGAUCAGCUGGUUUAUUUCGAUGGUGAACCUGUCACUUUAAACUGGUCUCCAGAAUUGCAUGAAAAUCUUCCAGACUUCAUCAUGGCAAGCUAUAAAGAGAAGAAGCUGUUCACUCCCGGACCCCUAUGUUGCUCCAGAUCUGUCAAGGAGGCCAUGUUGCACGACGUGGGUUCCAGAGAUGUUAAUUUUGUGAACUGCGUCAGAUACAUCAGGAAAACUCUCCUGGAAGUGGCGCAGGUAAGCGCUGAGGAGUUCACAGCAGUUCCUCUGCAGGGGUCAGGAACCUAUUCGGUAGAGGCUGUUAUCAACACCACGUCCCCUCGUCAGGGAGCUAAGGUACUGAUCUUAUCGAACGGCGCCUAUGGACGUAGGAUGAACAGCAUCUGCUCCUGGGCUGGAAUAGAGGCCAUUUUCCAGGAAUUUCCAGAGGACAAGAAGAUAGAUCUCUCAGCUGUGGAGUCUCUGGUGAAGGGCAGCGUCCAAUACACCACAAUCUGCGUCGUCCACAGUGAGACUUCUUCAGGAGUGGUGAACCCAAUCAGGGAGAUUGGACAACUCGUCAGACAGUUCCAACCAAAUGCAGCCUACGUCGUGGAUGCCAUGAGCAGUUUUGGAGCCGUGCCUAUAGACAUGAAAACCUGCCAUAUUGACUAUCUCGUGUCUUCUGCCAAUAAGUGUCUAGAAGGAGUGCCAGGAUUCGCUUAUGCUAUCUGUAGGACACAGCACCUCCUCUCUUGUAAAGGAAACUGCAGAGUUUACAGCCUGGAUCUAGUGGACCAGUACCUGAAUCUGGAAGCGACAGGUCAGUUCAGGUUCACGCCACCGACCCACACCAUGCUGGCGUUCCAGCGAGCUCUGGAGGAGUACCAGAAGAGCGGUGGCCUGGAAGGGCGUGCUGGAAGGUACCGGACCAAUCGUAGGAUCUUGAAGGAGGGGAUGAAGGACCUGGGCUUCAAAGAGCUGCUGGACGACUCCCACGAAGGAUACAUCAUCACGUCCUACUUCUUCCCAAAACAUCCCAAGUUCUGCUUCUCGACUUUUUACUCAAAACUUUCAGAGUUAGAUCAGGUCAUUUACCCAGGCAAGGUGACCAAGGCGGACUGCUUCAGAAUAGGCAACAUAGGGUACCUGUUUCCAGAGGACAUGGAGCAUCUGCUCAAGUGUGUACGGCAAGUCCUGGGGGACAUGGGACUCCAGGUGCCUUUGGACGCCUGAGGCCUUUGGCUUGCGCGCAGGGUCCUCGAAGACGCUAGCCUUCCGGAGCCCUAAGACACUGGAGACCCAGGACAGUAGACGCGACAAGAACGACAGAGUAAAGCCAUCACUUGUUGGACUGCGCGAGACUUGCAGAGACUGGUCAAGCCUCAUGGAGAUGGAUAGGCAGACUGACAGCUAGAACAGACAACUGAACAACCUCCACUGUACAGAACUAGACCCUUUCAUUUUACUACAUCCUAUUCCUCUACUUAACACAGGUACUUUUAUACCUGAAACUUCAGCUGUAAUACUUGCUGUACUAAUCAGACAGUGGAAAAAAACAAGUAAAGAAUUGAAUGCAAUUGA